GUGCACUAUCCACAAUGUCUUGGAGGUGCUUCACCUGAACCACUCCAACAACUUGAACGACCACAUCUUCCCUAUCACCAUCCCCGCUGAACAGACCAUAGUCCCGGCUAUCGAGCAACUGGGCCAACACCUUGCGCCUUGGGACAAAGAACUUAGCCCAGCUGACAGGGUUAUUCUGCUGAUCCAGCCAGGCCUUUUGGAGCAAGUCACGCAUAAGCUGACUUGUAUUACGACUCCAAUCAGGCUCUGCCCAUCUCGUUGCCUCCAUCGGGCGUGUGUGGCUGAGAUCUUCACCUUGAGUGGUGUCCCACUCACAUCGCUUCUGUGGCGUCAUCGCUCCCUGGAGCAGAGAAUCGUGGAGUUGGAGGAGCAACAGGUUCGCCUCCAACGUAGCCUUGGCAGAGUGAUCGAAACAAUCUGUGCUUGGGACAACACGCUGGCCCAUGCCUUCAAUUUGAUCUUGCCUACAGUGGCCUCUGGAUCGACUGCAGCAGGGGGUGAUGCGACCAGAAGUGCGGGCAGUGCAGGAGCGGCUUCCAGAACAGCGGCCGAACCUGAUGUGGAACCGGAGACAGGCCUGUCCCUGGGAGUCUUGACGGUGUGUGCCGUUGAGUCGAGGGCAGUCAAGUGUUGGUCCAAGCCUCCACCUCAGACCUUCUUGUUCGCCAUGGGUGGAGAUGUCUCUCUGAUGCGGCACGGCGGGGCCAUUGAAGAGGCACUGACUCCAGCAGAGAGGUUUGGUGACCUACGAAAGAUCUCCGAGAUCUUCAUCGAUGAGGCAGUGGGUGGAGACCAAGACUCUCUUGGCUAUCUGGAGGCCACCUCUGCCUCGCACAAAAUGCGAGCAACUGGCAAUAGACUUGGUGCACACCUCCCGCUUGUGGCUCCCCUCAAAGGGGUGGGACCAAAGUCGUGGGGCAAAACUUUCAUCAAACUUGCAGUCAAAGUUGGUCUUCCUUUUCAAGCCCGGCGACCCAUGUGCCCAAUGCUGCCAGCACCCAAUUUGAUGGGAGACUGGACGUCAAGGGCAACCACCUCGGGGGAGAUUGGCAACUGGAUCCUCCAGCUUUUGAUUGGUAGCAACUUCGAUUCAACUGGCUUCACUCCGCAUGGUUGCAAGGCUACUACUUUGACAAUGUUGGCCAAGUAUGGUGCUGAUAGUGACACUCGCCUGAUUCUGGGCCACCACCAGACAAGGAAAGGGGCUUCAGAAGUGUAUGCCAGGGAUGUUCAGUCGGCCCCUCUCAGGGUUUUGGAAUCAAUGUUCAGAGACAUCAGGAAGGGGCAUUUCCGACCAGACGAAACCAGGUCUGGCAUGAUGGUGUCACAAAGGGACGAUGCAUUGGCAUCGACAGAAGUCCCCUUACCUGUGACCAACUCUGUGCCUUUUGACGAUGAUCCUCAGCUUGGGACAGAAGAGGCCUCGGCAUUGCCAGUGAAUAUUGGCAGCGAUGCCGGGUGUGAUCAAUCAGUUGCGCAAGAUAAAUCCCAGGCUGAUGUUGACUCUGACUCUGAUUCCUCCUCAAGCAGCUCAAGCUCUGACAGCUGCCUAGACGAAGUGGUUGAAGACUAUGCCAAGAAUGGCGCAGUGCAAGGAACCUCACCAACUGAUGAGGCACUGAAGGGCCUACUAUCCGAUGAUGCGGAUACGGUCAAUGUUGGCCAGCUGUCCUCCAUCCGGUCGGCGGAAGUUGCACGCGAAAAACUUGGGAAAGAGCUUGUGUUGGACCAGAUGCACCUCACAGUCAAAGACAUGGAGAACAAGGAUAAAUGCCCCAUGCAAGGGGAACUCCAGAUCUUUCAAGCCUUCACUCGAAGGGCAUUGGCUUGUGACCUCAUGGGGGUUUGCACUUUUCGCUGCAUGGAGAAGUGGCACAGAUUUCUCAUGGACUCCAUGCAGGUACAUGCUCCGCCUGGCUACAAAUCACCAACGGUCGAACAAAUUCUUCGCGCGGACCGUGCAGGCUGGAUUCGCAUUGCAGAAAAAGUUGAUGGCUUGCGCAGACGUCCAGAUGGCACUUUGCCACUCGACGAGGCCUUGGACAGUCUCAAGACCGACCCAACAACAAUCUUUCAUAUGAUGCCCUUGCCCAUGCCAAGAGCCGCUGACAAACCAACGAAGCCAGCACCGAUCAAGAAGGACGGGGCACCUGACAAGACCCCAAAACCCAACAACUUUUCCAAGGGCAAAGGCAAAGGCAAAAACCGUGGCAAAGCCAACAACAAGGGGCGUAUGCCAGUCGAACUGGUGGGUCUCAAUCAAAUGACGAAGACUGGCAAGCGGAUCUGUUACAACUACAAUCUCAGCCGAGGUUGCAACUUCGCAGAGGCAGGAAAAGACUGCAACAAAGGAAGCCACGUGUGCAUGAAAUGCUUUGGAUUGCACCCAGCUCACCAGCACUUGGGCCUACAACAUAGCCUGGGAGUUGAUGCUCAUGUCACAAAACGAGUGAAAGCCCCGAUCAUCAGAUUGGACCUUACAUCCCAUCAUGGCCAAGAACUCCUGUGGAAAGUUCUUGAUCACCCUAACCUUGCGGCCGUUCAUUUGGGGCCACCAUGUGGGACAAGCUCACGUGCACGUGAGAUCCGACGUGACCAUGGACCUGACCCUAAACCACUCCGGUCCACACAGUUCCCAGACGGCCUACCCACUCUGCGGGGACUUGAUGCAAAACGUGUGCAUUCAGCCAACAUACUCUACGGCCUGUCUGGAGAAAUUAUGGCCUGGUGUACUGCCUCAGGGGUCCUAUGCACACUUGAGAACCCAGUGCGUUCUCACAUGUGGAACACCUCUUUCCUCACCAAGCACUUCCGAGGUCUACAUCCACUCCAUGAAGUUUGUUUUCACUCUUGCAUGUAUCAAGCAGCUCGCAAGAAGAGAACCAAGCUCUUGUGCAACCAUCCCGCUUUUCUCAGCCUGACGGCUGAAUGCGACGGGCAACACACACAUCUGCCGUGGGGUCGAUGCAACACCGGGUGGGCCACAGCCUCCGAGACGGAGUACCCUCACAACCUCUGCAAGGCCAUGGCCAGGAUAUAUCACGAACUCUUGGUGAAAUUCCAAGCCAUUGAUGUGCCACAACAGCUGGAUCAGGACAAUCACAUUUCCUUGACCCAGUCCAGUCGAGCCGCACUUGGACAUCAACCUCGUGGCAAACGUCUCAAACCCUUGGUUCGUGAAUACGCACAGAUCCUGAAACUCUCUGGCCACUUCAUGGAUGGAGUACACCCGGUGCUGCAAGAACUUUUCGAGCACAGGGCAAAGAGAUCUUCUGCAGCCAUAGCCAAAGAUCGUUCAGAGCAGAUGAGAAAGUGGUUCCUGAGAGCCCAAGAGCUGAGACAACAAGGAGCGGACGGUCUCCAUGACUCGCAUGACCAUGUCAAAGAAGUUCUCAAGGGCAAAAACCUACAGCUUUUUGAUGAAAUGAACAAAGCCUCGGGAUCCCCUGACACAGAGAUUGCCUCGAACAUGGCGAAUGGUUUUGACUUGAUGGGGACAAUUCCGACAGGAGGCAUUUUCCCAACCAAACCUUUACAUGCAACCCUGACCCCAGAUCAGGUCAGAGCUAUGUCCAAAAUCUCACGCCAAGCAGUGUGGAAAUCGACUAGCAGGUGCUCCAACCUCGAACUUGCGGGGGAGGUCUACAAAGCUACCAUCGACGAGAGGGACCGAGGUUGGCUGAGGGGCCCUUUCGACAUACGGCACCUCCCUGACAAAGCAGUGUUGACCAGGAGGUUUGGUGUCCAACAGUCAUCUACCCUUGGAGAUGGUAGCAGAGUCUUCAAGACAAGGCCAAUUGAUGACUACUCGGAAUCCCUUGUGAACUCAACCAGUUCCUGUGAAGAGUCGAUCCAACCAAUGUCGAUUGACAUGAUCCUUGCCGCCCUAGCCCUGCGCCACCGCCUUUGUGGAGAUGAGCGACUAGUGGGAAAGGCGAUUGACCUGCGGAAAGCUUACAAGAAUUUGCCAGUUUCGCAUGAGGCUUUGAACGACUCCUACAUUUGCGUCUACUCCCCUGAGCGAAGACAACCUGAGGAGUCAAGACAUGUUGAACUAACACAACAGGCUUUCUUCAAACUGGUUGGCUGUGAAGUUUCGUCUGAAAAGGAAGCACAGUUUGGGGCGAUUGCCCGAAUUUUGGGGGUACAGAUAGACCUUAGCGAGUCACUCCUAGGGUCCUUUACAGUCUGCAACGUAGAGUCGAGGGUCAAGGAGCUUGUGAACACAAUUGACGACAUUCUCAACAGACGCACCUUGUCGGCUGCCGAGAUGAGGGUGUUGAGGGGACGCUUGGUGUUUGCAGAGGCCCAGAUCUUCGGCCGUCUUGCGGGCAUCCACAUGCAACAACUUAGCAGAUGGGAGCAUGCAGUUGGUGAAUCUCGUGUCGAUAACGAUCUCUGCGCAAGCCUGACUUUCCUCAGGGACAGAAUUGUUCUUGGAGGGCCCAGACAAGUUCUUGCGGACAUGGGUCGGGUCCUUCAUUUGUAUACUGAUGCUUGUUUUGAGAAUGGAACAGGAGGACUUGGGGGAGUGUUGGUUGACCAGCAUGGAACAAUUCUUUCCUUCUUCUCCUCGGUUGUUGACACCAAACAAGUUUCAAUGCUGAACCCGCUCAAGAAGGAGACCAUCAUUUUUGAGUUGGAGGCCCUUGCGGUUCUUGUUGGCACAACAUGCUUACUACCGUCUGAGGGAGUGAGGUCGAACGAUCGCAUAGUGAUCUUUGUCGACAACGGUGCAGUCUUAAGCAGACUUGUCUCUGGCAAAGGUGGGGAGAUUGACAACCGUAUCUUCCAAUCUGUCCUAAACUGGGAACAUGACACUGGCUCGGUUUGCUGGUACGAACGAGUGCCUUCAACAGCUAAUGUUGCUGAUGAUCCAUCGAGAGGUGAUCUGACUGGAUUAGACCUCACGCUUGAAAUUCCCAUUUCUGUCAGCGAUGUGCUGGACACACUCUUCUCUUAG